AUGCAGUCCUAUGCUAAAAACAGUACUUGGGUAACAGAGUUUGUCAUGGUGGGCUUUACUGAGGUACACGAAGCACGCCUCCUCUUCUUCACACUCUUUCUUGCCAUGUACCUGUUCACCUUGGUGGAGAACUUGGCUAUUAUCUUGGUGGUGUGUUUGGACCACCGGCUACGGAGGCCCAUGUACUUCUUCCUGACACACUUGUCUUGCCUUGAAAUCUGCUAUACCUCAGUCACAGUGCCCAAGAUGCUGGCUGGUUUUAUCGGGGCGGAUAGGGGCAAGAACAUCUCCUAUGUUGGCUGCCUAUCCCAACUCUUCAUAUUCACCUUCCUUGGGGCAACUGAGUGUUUCCUACUGGCUGCCAUGGCCUAUGACCGAUAUGUGGCCAUUUGUAUGCCUCUCCGCUACGGGGCCUUGGUGUCCUGGGGCACCUGCAUUCACCUAGCAGCUGCUUGUUGGCUGGUGGGCUUCCUCACACCUGUGUUGCCCAUAUACCUCAUGUCCCAGCUGACAUUUUGUGGUCCCAAUGUCGUCGACCACUUCUUUUGCGAUGCUUCUCCCCUGCUAGCCCUGUCCUGCUCAGAUGUCACCCUGAAGGAGACUGCGGACUUCCUGGUCUCUCUAGCUGUGCUCCUGGCUUCCUCCACGGUCAUUGCCGUGUCCUACGGCAACAUUGUCUGGAUGCUGAUGCACAUGCGCUCAGCUGCUGAGCGCCGGAAGGCCUUCUCCACUUGUGUGGCUCAUCUGACUGUGGUGAGCCUCUUCUAUGGCACUCUCUUCUUUAUGUACGUCCGCACCAAGGUGGCCUCCUCCUUCAACUUCAACAAGGUGGUUUCCGUCUUUUACUCCAUUGUCACGCCAAUGCUCAACCCUCUCAUCUACAGUCUUUGGAACAAGGAGGUGAAGGGAGCCCUGGGCCGAGCCUUUUCCCUCAGGACUUGGAAAGGGCAGUGA